AUGGUUCGCAUGAUCAAGAAUAUGGCAGAAUGGAAUGCUCUUAUGGAGACUUCCAAGUCCAAGACUGUUGUCGUCGACUUCACAGCAUCAUGGUGCGGUCCAUGUAAGAUGAUCGCCCCUAUUUUCUCUGAAAUUGCUGAGAAGAAUCCAGAUGUUGAAUUCGUCAAGGUUGACGUUGACGAAGCCGAGGAUGUUGCUGGACUCUGUGGAAUCCAAGCUAUGCCUACCUUCCAAGUAUACAAGGGUGGUUCCAAGGUUGAUGAAAUGAGAGGUGCUGAUUCCAAGGGACUCACGAACAUGGUCACCAAGAACAAGUAG